AUGGCUGUUUUCAAGUUUGCUGUGGGUCUGAUGGCCCUGCUGCUGGUGUCUGCCUGGGCUGAGGAGGUCGAGAAUGCUGUGGAGGAGGACACCACUGCUGAGCUGUCUGUCUCCGAGCUGCUGGAAAGAGCCAACAGGGACCGAACUCCUGACUUGGAUGAGCCUGAGCUGAUGGGAGACAUCGCCAUCCUCAACGAGGGCGAGAGGAACGCUGACCCCUGCACUUCCCGCGGCUGCCUGUGGGGGAAGUACAAUGACGGCAAGGUCUACGUGCCCUAUGUCAUCCAGAACCACUACUCCUCCCGCGAGCUGUCCAUCAUCCAGCGCGGCCUGGACUCCUUCGCCUCCUCCUCCUGCAUCCGCUUCAGGCGCCGCACCAACGAGAGGGACUACAUCAGCAUUGAGUCUCGCAGCGGAUGCUACUCCUACGUUGGUCGUACUGGUAACGCUCAGACCGUGUCCCUGAGCCGUUCCGGCUGCCUGUACCACAGCACCGUCCAGCACGAGCUGCUCCACGCUCUGGGCUUCAACCACGAGCAGACCCGCAACGACCGUGACAACUACAUCCGCGUCUACUGGGAGAACAUCAUCGAUGACAUGAAGUACAACUUCAACAAGAUCAACACCCUCAACCAGGGAACUUCCUAUGACUACAACUCUGUUAUGCAGUACGAGAGGUACGCCUUCUCCAAGAACAACCGCCCCACCAUGGUUCCCAUCCCCAACAGCAACACUUCUCUUGGCAAGGCCAGCCAGAUGAGCCAGAACGACAUCACCAGGCUCAACAGGCUGUACAAGUGCUGUGAGUAG